AUGGCAGAAAUCACCGGUCUUCUUCUUGGUGUUGCUGCGCUGUGGGAAACGUGUGUGCAGAUCUCUGAUGCUGUCGACUCUGCGCGACACUACGGGCUCGAGUAUGAGCUUCUGGCGAUCAAGUUUGAAGUGGAGCGCGUACGUCUGGUAUGCUGGGGCGACGCAGUUGGCCUAGGCGGCAUCCGGCGACCUGCCGCAGACGAGAGCCAACCGCCUCCCGACGCGCGCUUGUCUCGCGACGAAGUACGGAGUGCUGUAUAUGCUAUUCUCGGCUGCAUCCAGCAUUGUUUCGACAACAUCGACCGACUGCACGAUCAGUAUGGCCUGCAGCCGUCCCAUCAACUCACACCGCAGGCCGAGCGCGAGCUUGCAGUGGUUCAGCAGCAGCGUGACUUGACCCGAGUCUUCAAACGAGCCUACGCAGGCAUACGCCGCAUGGCACAAGAGCGACAAGCAGGCACGACGAUCAAAGGCAAGGCCCUGUGGGCGGUGCGUGACCGCAAACGAUUUACCGUCUUAAUCGCGGAGCUGCGGGGGUUCAACGACAGCCUAGAAAGCUUGUUUCCCGGCGCCAAGUCCCAAGUCGCACAAGUCAUGAAACACGACAUCAAUGUCGCUGUGGAGAUCAACGAUCUACAGCUUCUCCAGGAGGCCAUGGCGAGCGACCACGGUGAUCUGUCCGAGCUCGCCAGCAUCCGCCUCGAAUCGCUGGGCGCCACGGUUUCGGCGCGGACCGAACUUAUCCCCAGGACGAGCAGUGACCAUGACCCCAAGGCGGCAGGUCAAAUCAGAGAGCAAAAUGAUCCCAACACACAAGAACAAUCGGAGGCAAUACCGUCCAAUGCAGAAGCUGGUCCGCCGGAUUUCGACGAGUGGACAUCCCGACUCGAGGACUUUCAGCUGUUCAUGGACAAGAAGGCUUCUGGUGCACUGGUCACCGGCAUCUACUCUGGUUUUGCCCACGUCUCCGCGAGCGUGCACUGGAGUGGUCACAGUGAGAGACUCUCUCGCUAUGAUCUGCAGGACAAGGGAAGAGCUUCGUCUGCUGUGCAUAACGCCUUCAAGUCCUACAAGAAAACCAAGUUCAUGAAAAAAAAAGCGUCCCGCGAAUACGAAACCUUUGACGACGAAGACUACAUCCUCUUCGACAUCGAGAGCCACAGCAACUACGAGAACAUCCAACCGGGAACCGUGAUAAUCAAAGGAUAUGGCCUGGAAUGCUGGGACUUUGAGAAAACAAGGGUGCGCGUGACCAUUUUGGUGAACUAUGCACAGCUUCCUGUGCUUUCGGCGAGCACAAUCUUGCGACGGCUGCAUGAAGUGCAGGAAAACAGGAGCAAAUUCGGCUGGAACCCGACAGAGGAGAAUCUGAAUCUCAAAGACGUGGUUGGCCGCUCCGUGAAUUUCACCUACUAUGACCAAAACGGCGCGCAACACCGCAACCGCGACAUCAUCGGCGACCUCUACAGCGUGCUGAAUCGCGACGACGUCUUUGCCGACUUCAUUGCAACAUCCAGUGUCCAGCUUCACAGGGUCAUGGGACCCGACACCGAGGGCCAUAUUGGGAAGUGGAGAUUUCUACGGCAGAUCAUCGUCGCUUGGGAAUUGGCUGCUCGACUCAAGAUCACCGACGACGCAUCCUCCCAUUCGGGAUUCACGCCCCGUAUCCUGGCGUCCUUGAUCGUGUCGGACCUGUGGCUCAAAAACGUUCAAAUUGUUCUCCAGGAUGCGAAUGCGGAUAUUGGUGAUAAAAGAGCAAGGCAGACGAGCUGA